AUGGAUUCCGCUGAACAAAGAGAGUGGUUCUUUCUUGAGAAUUUAGGCCUACGAGUCACCCUCAUACUUUUAUCUGGAAUCACCGCCUUGAUUGUUGAUUACAGCCGCAUGCUCUAUUUAAGAAAAAAGAUGCCACCUGGCCCAUUACCCUGGCCAAUAGCCGGAAACACUCUCAGUCUCCCGAAAGAGAGGCCUUGGUACAUGGUUGAGCAGCUCUCAAAAGACUACAAGUCCCCAGUAAUUACGUUCUGGAUUGGACGACGACACAUGCUCAUGUUUGGUGAGCUGAUGAAUGAACAAGAUAACCUCAUACACAAAUACACAUACACCAACGAGCAGCGGGAGAGAUUUCGUGUCCUGCGCAAAAUCACACAUCAUGGUGUUGGAACACAACAAGUUCAACAAUACCGAGAAUUUCAAGACGACAAGAACAUGGUGCUGGCAUACGAUAUCCUAAAAACACCUGAGCUAUUUGCUUCACGUUUUGAACGCUACGCGGCGGGCGUUGUCUCUAUUGUUGGAUUGGGACGUCGUAUUUCCAACAGUCAAGAUACGUUGAUUACGGAAGUCAUCGCUCAGAUGCAACAUGCCGCACAACUCGCUGUUGUGGCAAAAGACUGGCUACGGAUCAUUGAGACAUUUCCUUACGAAAACUACGCAAAAUUCCUCUUUCGCGAAGCCCCACAAUACAACCUUAGCCGCGGCGAAGUCUCCAGUCUUGUCUCCAAUCUUUUUGGCGCAGGCGCAGAUACAUCCAGUAGCACUCUCAUCACAGCUGUAAUUGCUAUGCGCGCCUUCCCUGAGACCAUGAAACCUGCCUGGGACGAACUUGAUCGCGUAGCAGGCCACUCAAGAAGCCCUACGCUUGACGAUGAAUUGCCUUAUGUCCGCGCCUUUGCCAAAGUUUUCCGCUGGCGCGCAGUAGCCAACCUCGGAGGAAAAACUCAUGCACCGACUCAAGACGACUACUGGAACUGCUACUUCAUACCCAAGGGAACUUGGAUACAAGGGAACGUAUGGGCUAUUCAUCACAACGAGCGCGAGUUUCCGGAUCCCGAUCGAUUUAAUCCAAGACGGCGCCUCGACACGGAAGAUCUGAGACCGUUUCCGGGAGAGAAGGGAUACAUGACGUUUGGAUGGGGAGGAGGAGUUGUGCUGGUCAGGCGCUUGCUGAGCAGGGCACGCAUCUCAGUGUUGCGCGCUUGCUUUGGGCCUAUCACGUUGAGCCUGCUAUCGACGAGAAAACAGGAAGUGAGAUACCAGUUGAUAUCUUCAGCUAUACGUAAGACUUUUAUGGAACAACGAUUGGAUGUAGAGAUGAUACUAACAAAGGGCAGUAACGGAUCAAAUCGACGUCCUCAGCCUUUCUAG